UAUGGUUUUUUUAUAGUUUUUGUCAUAAACAUAAUAUUAUUCAAAUCAUGACUCAAUAGAUUUGGUCAUGAUGUUAUUAUUAUUAUUAUUAUUAUAGUCGUUUUGUUUAUCUAUGAUUUUUGUACAUUAAUUGUCAUUAAAUAGUAAAUACUAUACUAUCGAUCAUUACAAUAGGACAAUGGCAUCAUUAGCCGUGCCGCCGUGGUUCAAAUUCUAAAUUCAACCAUACGCCAUUAAUAAAAGGUCUAUUAACUCAACUGAUUGUCCAGUCUCCAGUGAUUAUUCUGAUUUCAUUAGUAAUUCUGUGGUUGUAUGAUACCUAUAUACUUAUACAUUUAGUUGUUGUAGAUUACAUUUAUAAAUAUUUUUCACUUACCUAUAUGUUAUAACUUAAUUAUCAUCAAUUAAAUAUCUACCUACGCUAAAAAACCUUUAUUGAUUGUGAAUUUUUCAAAGUAAAUUUAUUGUUGUAUCGUUUUUGAUUUCUUGUUUCAAUUUAUAUGUUUACAAUAUUAUCGGUUAUAGGUAAUAAUAUAACAUAAUAUUUGUUAAAGUAAUAUUGAUUAAAAUGUCUAAUAUAAACACUAAAUCUACCAAGUUAAGAAAUAAUGAAACAUCAAAAGUUCGUACCCAAAAUCGACGAAAUCCUGAUUCUGGCUUGCAAGUAGAUUCUAUAGCAUCUGGCUCUUUACAGAUUUCAAAACCAACAAUAAUUUCUGAACCACGUCGACCUAAAUAUGGAGGUAGAGGAAUAGCCAUUCAACAACUAGCUGAAUCUAUGUCUUCAAAAGACAGUAUGAAAAAUUCAAAUAUGAACUUUUCAAAUUCAAGCAUAGAACAGCAUUUCAAACGUCUUAAAGAAGAAAAUUUAAAAAAACUUAAUGAAGAAAAUGAAAAGAUUUGGGGAAAAUGUAUACAUUCUAAUAAGAAUACAUAACAUUUAAAAGGUAUUUGUUUAGUAUAUGAAAAUAAUAGUUGACGAUUUGCAGUGACUUAUGCAAGGACAAUAAAAAUUAUAUGAAUAUGCAUAUAAGAUGUAUAUAUGUAUUUAUAACUUUAAUUUACUGUAAAUAUGUGAUGGUAUUGUAUUGGUAAUUAAAAUAAUUGUAUUGUAAAAUUAUACAAAUUUUUUGUCUAAAGAUCAGUUCUGUAUGAAAACAUCAAGUUAAUUAAUAAUGUUUUUUUUUUUUUUUAUUCAGCUUGAGCCCGGCAACUUAGGCCAUUAGCUAUUUUGUUUGUUUGUAGGUUGUUAGUAGGGGGUUGAAAACACGUUUUGUAUGUGUGGCAAGGAUUUGUUGUUAAAAAUCCCGGGUGGUCACCCAUCCGGGAACUAGCAACGCCGGCUGUUAUGUACACUCAGUGCGUUUCCGCAGUUGAGUGUACGCACUGCGCCACACCAAGCCACAUUAUUGUUUCUGUUUUAUUUUAUAAUAUAUUUGUAGUAUAUGAUUUACCUAUUAACACAACUAAGUUAUAGAAUAUUUUUAAUUAAUACAUUUUAUAUUUUUAUUUUAUAUAGUAUUUACAUGAAAAUAAUUAAUAUUAAUUAAAUAAUUAAAUAUUUGAAUAAUGAAAUUGCCAAUGUAUACAUUUUAAAUAUAAAAAAGCGGCAAGUGGGUACCGCUCUGCUGUACUGUAUAGGUGUCGAGUAAGUCACUGUAAUGGAUGUGUUAAACUUUAAAAUUUAAUUCAAUGAUAUAAAAUUAUUGUAUACAAAAACGAUUCUGAGCGAAGACGGUCAACUUAUAUACCAAGUAUAUUUCAUGAUAUUAUAACUAUUAAACUAACUAUGAAGUAAUUAAUUGUCUUAUUAAUUAUAGAGUUGGUUGAAAAAAUUUAUGCCAGAUUUUAUGAUUUUGAUGAAUUUUGUUAAAAUUUGAACUUUAAAUGCUUAUAAAAAAAAAUUGCAUCGAUGUAUCUAUAAUAUUAGAUUCUGAGCGAAGCGAUGAAUGUAUUGAUUUUACAAUGAUGUGUGUUUUAUUUUUAUUUUUUAUUUUUUAAUUUUUGUGUCAUCACCUUUUAGGACAGUAAAAGUGCUUGGAUUUUCUUCAACAGUAACUUUUCUGAUAGGAAAGUGAAUCUAGUUGGUACUUUGGGGGGUCAAAAGUAAAAAUUUCCUAGUAGUUUUCAAAAGCGACGUGAAAAACAAAAGAAAAAUUAAGGAAAAACGGGAAUUUUUAAAAAUGUUUUUUCAUAGCUAACAUGUUAAUUUUUAAUAGAAGGUCCUCAACAAGUUCUUACAACAAGUUUCUACCUAUAUCAAAAAAAAAAACUUCUCCAAAAAGUAACGCUAUUCAUAGCCAUGGCAAAUUUUUUUACAUUUUUUUUUAAUUAGAUUAUUAUUUUAUACAAGGAUCAUAUUUUAUAGAAGAACACACUUACCAUUGGCUAGCUACCAUAUUAAUAAUAAGUCACAACAGCAUAAAUAUAAUAUAAAAUAUCCUGGACUGACAAACCAUCUCAGAUCAGAAUCGUUUUUCUUAUGCAAUGAUUUAUCAUUGAAUUCAAAUAUAAUAAUA